AUGAAACCAACAAUUGAAUGCCUCCACGUGUUCAACACGGUCGGGCAAGCCGAUUGGAGGAAGGAGGUUAUCCAGCUGAUUAAGGAGAAAGAGGAAGGGAAAUUCCUUCAAGUUAAAGAUGCAAAGAGGAUUUCUAGAUAUCUCAUUGUGGAUGGAGAUUUGUACAGAAGAGGCUACACCAUGCCAAUGAUGAAGUGUUUGUCUGUGGAGGAGGCCGAGUAUGUUAUGAGGGAGUUGCACGAAGGGAUUUGCGGCAGGCAUACGGGCGGUCUAGCACUCAGAGCUCGAAUGUUGAGGGCCAGAUUUUUUUGGACAACAAUUGAGAAAGACUUCUUUGAUUUCACGCAAAAAUGUAUAAGUUUCCAAAAGCAUGGUAAUGUUUUCAACGCCCCCGCAACAGAGUUACAUGGCAUCGUGUCUCCUUGGUCGUUGGCCCAAUGGGGAAUGGAUAUUGUGGGACCCUUCCCCGUUGGAUUGGGAAUCACUCAUAUUAUGAGCUUGGUGGAGCAUCCCCAAACGAACGGGCAGGCCGAAGUAGCGAACAAAAUCAUUGUUCAGGAGUUGAAGAAGCGGCUCAGGGAGGCAAAGGGGUCAUGGGUGGAUGAGCUUCAGUAG